GUCUGAUGUUAUAUAAAGACAAUCUCAUAAAAAAACAACAUCAAUUUAGUCUUGAAAGUCCCAUAAAGUAGUCGAAGUUUAAUAAGAAAAGCGCUACUUUUUGUGUGAACUUUUUUGUUAAAGAACUAUAACGAUAUACCUACUACCUAUAUCUUUCAGUGUUUACUGAAAGAACCAUAGUAUUGAAGUUUUCUUUACUUACUAGAUUUAAAUCCCAUUGUUAGUGUACAAUGUCGAAGGGUAGCGGCGAAGGGAGGGUGGUCAAUUUUGAUCAUCUCGUUUUUUGGGUGGCUAACGCGAAUACGGCAUCGAGUUACUUCGUGUCCCGGCUGGGGUUCCGUCCGCUGGCAGUGCGGGAGCCCACGCCCGAACGCCCCGUGCUGUCCCGGGCUGUGAGGCUUAAUAAGAUAACAAUCAUCUUCGAUUCGCCAACCUCUCCCGCCCCGCACCCCAUCACCGAAGACCUGUCAGCCCACGGGGACUUCGUGAAGGACGUGUCGUUCGCGGUGGAAGCUCUUGACGCGCUGGUAGCGGCGGCCGAGGCCGGCGGGGCGCGGGUGCUGAAAGGAGUCACGGAGGAGGCCGAUGAAGACGGGGUAGUCAGGUUUGCUGUUUUGCAGACGUACGGAGACAACACCCACACUCUCAUCGACCGUUCCAAGUACAACGGGGUGUUCCUGCCGGGGUACCGCGCCGUGGCGGAUGACGACGUACUCAAUGAAAUACUAUCGUCGACGAAGCUGGAAUACAUAGAUCACGUUGAAGGCAACAUGGAAGACGGUACCCUGGAGUCAUCCGUAGCUUGGUAUGAGAGGAACCUCAAUAUGCAGAGAUUUUGGUGUGUGGACUACAAGCACGACCUGGUCCCGUACUCCUGCAUCAACUCCGCAUCCGUAAUCAACAAAGAAGAGACGGUCCUUCUAUCCAUGAACGAAGCAGCCAAAGGCCUGCGCCCAUCAAGCAAGGCUACAGACUUCGUGAAAGCACUAGGCUCUUCAGGAGUCGAACACAUAGCGUUGUACACUGACGACAUUAUUGCCACAAUGCGAGCUCUAAAGUCCCGGGGCGCCGACAUCCUAGUGUUCCCGGACACCUACUACGACAUCAUCCGGGACAAGCUACAACACUCGUCUCUGAACGUGGCCGAGGGUGUGGACACUCUCAAAGAAUGCCACGUGCUGAUCGACUUCGAUGAACGAGGGUACAUGCUGCAAGCGUUUACGAAGCACUUGCAGGCGCGGCCCACUGUCUUCAUCGAGAUUAUACAGAGGAGGAAUCACAGGGGAUUUGGUGCUAUGAACUACAAGUGGGUUUUUGAAGCUAUUGAACUGCAGGACUCGAAAAAGAUUACCGAAUAGGUACCUUACUU